UUGAGUAUAUUUUAAUAGGAAUAAACCUGAAUAUUCUCUAUUUUAUUUUAUUUUAGACUUUGUUGGAGUUUUAUAAUCAGAAGACAGGUUGGUGGUGAAUCACUUUGUUUCUGUGUCAUAUAAAGCAAAAGUUGUCGUUCAGAAUCGGAUAUUUGUCACUCAAUCAGUCAUAUUCUCUCCUUUGUUGUGAAUUUCAACAAAAUGGCUUUGGCCUCUUCAUCCCUCUUAACCUUCAAACCUACCACCCUCUUUAGGCCUCAGCAAUCACCACGUAGAUCCAUCAUCGUUGCCAAUUCCGCAGAGCCUUCGAAGUCAACGGCAACGACUGCACCGAUUUCGACGAAUUGGAAGGUUGAUAGUUGGAAGGAGAAGAAGGCUGUGCAACUUCCUGAGUACCCAAACCAGAAUGAGCUGGAUCAAGUCCUCGAAACCCUUACAUCUUUUCCCCCUAUCGUGUUCGCCGGAGAGGCCAGGAAUCUGGAGGAGAAAUUGGCUCAGGCUGCUAUGGGUAACGCUUUUCUGCUUCAGGGUGGGGAUUGUGCUGAAAGCUUCAAGGAAUUCAAUGCAAACAAUAUCCGUGACACAUUCCGUCUUAUCCUUCAAAUGGGUGUCGUCCUUAUGUUUGGUGGCCAAAUGCCUGUUAUAAAGGUUGGGAGAAUGGCGGGUCAGUUUGCAAAGCCAAGAUCAGACGCAUAUGAGGAGAAAAACGGAGUGAAGUUGCCAAGUUACAGGGGUGAUAAUGUGAACGGCGACGCGUUUGAUUCAGCAUCCAGAAUUCCGGAUCCACAGAGGAUGAUAAGAGCCUACUGCCAAUCUGUGGCUACUCUGAACCUCUUACGGGCAUUUGCCACCGGAGGUUAUGCUGCCAUGCAAAGGGUCAACCAAUGGAAUCUUGAUUUCAUGGAGCACAGCGAACAGGGAGACAGGUACCGCGAACUGGCUCAUCGAGUGGAUGAGGCUCUUGGCUUCAUGGGUGUUGCUGGACUCACAUCUGAGCAUCCAAUCAUGACUACGACAGACUUUUGGACCUCCCAUGAGAGCUUGCUUCUCCCUUAUGAACAAGCACUUACCAGGGAGGAUUCUACUACUGGGCUUUAUUAUGAUUGCUCAGCUCACAUGUUAUGGGUUGGGGAACGCACCCGCCAACUUGAUGGUGCUCACGUUGAAUUCUUGAGAGGAGUUGCUAAUCCUCUUGGCAUCAAGGUGAGUGACAAGAUGGACCCGGGUGAACUUGUUAAGCUGAUAGAUAUUCUGAAUCCUAAAAACAAGCCUGGAAGAAUCACAGUAAUUGUUAGAAUGGGAGCUGAGAACAUGCGAGUGAAGCUUCCACACCUUAUCAGGGCAGUUCGCAGAGCUGGUCAAAUUGUCACUUGGGUUAGUGAUCCCAUGCAUGGGAACACCAUUAAAGCUCCAUCCGGACUUAAAACCCGCUCUUUUGAUUCAAUAAGGGCUGAGUUAAGGGCAUUCUUUGAUGUCCACGACCAAGAAGGAAGCUACCCGGGAGGGGUUCAUUUAGAAAUGACUGGGCAGAACGUGACAGAAUGUGUUGGAGGCUCACGGACUAUUACUUAUGAUGACUUGAGCUCACGCUACCACACUCAUUGUGAUCCAAGGCUUAAUGCUUCUCAGUCUCUCGAGCUUGCAUUUAAUAUUGCAGAGAGGUUACGCAAGAGAAGGCUUAAUUCAAUGCAAUCUCUAGCCUCACUUAGAAUUUAGAGAAGAGGGGUCAUGCUUUGUUCUUGGAUGACCAAAAUAUUUUUUACUGGUAGCCGUUCCACCGUGUGUCAAGAACUAUGAAGUUUAUAAUUUUAAGUUGUGCUAUAAGAGUGUCAUAUAAGAUAUUUAGCACUGAAGGUCAUCAGGUUGUACUUUCAGGUUUUGUACUAAAGUCUAAAGUAAGAUAGUAUGGGUAUGUGUUUUGAAUAACGAGUAAUGAAUAAAUAAUAAAGGUAUAACUUAUAUUAUAA